GUGGCUGCGGAGAUGGCAUCAACAUCUGGUCGCCAGGUGGCGUUCUUCUUGGCAAGAUUUUGGUUAAGGGGGGAAUUGCCAACUUCAGCUUUGGUCGCAACGGCAGGAUGUUCCUCCUCGGCGAAAACAAGCUUUGGGUUGCUCAGCUGUCGUCGCAGGUGAAGGGCUCAAUUUUGAAUAUAUAAAAGCUGUCCCAGGCCCUGUUCUAUUGGCAUCUGUCCCAUAUCUCACAUUAUCCACUUCCAAGCAGCUUGGCCUCCUCUAUGCCUUUGCUAUUCUCGUAAGCGUUGGAUUAGUUGAAUCUUAUCUCCAUCCUGUGACCUCUACAAUUCAUACCAUUAUCUACUUCCAGGUUAAGGAAAACAAGACAGGAAUGAUCUUAAAGGUACUAUUUGCUAUGCUGGUAUCAGUAGACAUCUGGGUAUCGAGCGAUCACGCCUGGACGAUAUGGAGUCGCUCGGCGACAUGAUGCUCCAUUUCUGUCGUAGCUCUCUGCCCCUGCAAGGUCUGCAGGAUGAUACCCCGAAGCAGAAAUCCUGCGGCAUUAUGCAGAAGAUCACCACUCCAACUGAGGUUCGCUGGAGUGGUUUCCCGACCGAGUUCGCUACAUACAUAAACUACUCUCGCUCGCUCCACUUCGACGACAAGCCUGACUACACGUACCUGCGCAAGAUGCUCGUGACCUUUGCGCCCCCUGGUCCUUCCGAUCCGACGAUGUCUUCGACUGGACCGUAUCCAAGCGUCAGGAACGUCACCAUGAUUGUCGAAGCAGCGAUAACGAGCAGGCACAGCUCUAGGCUGCGGCGGGCAAGCCCAUUGUUGCCAGCGGUGCCACUACCAAGCCUAGUGCAAUCUCGCGCCAGCUCCACGAGGUCAUGGACCGCGACGCCCUUGACAACACUCCGAGCACCAACCGUGCCGCGGAAGUGACAAGAAAUUUCGAUGUUAGAUUGCGUUCUACCUUGAAUGAACCUGCCUUGGGUGCCUAAGGACCGUCUGGUGGGCGUUUGAAGCUGGACGAUGGAAGUACUUGUACUGUUCCUACGACAGAGCCGAUCACUCAGUUUGCAAAAGCUGCUGAUAUCCUGGCUUUAUCCUCACAUCUUCGUCUUUCGGGGGUUUCCGGCUUAAUAUCUAGUUGAGGAUCACAGGGACUGGAAAAGACAGAGCGAAAGAUGCAAAUGGUGGCGUCGGCCUGGGGGACCGAAACCCAUCUUUCUGAUCUAUUGAUCACUGGUCCCGAAGAUCCUGGAACCCGCAUGAUCGUAUGAUUAGAACUGGAGUAGUAAAAUGUCACUAGCACAUUUCAAGGAAUUUGAGCUGGUAGCUGUUCCAUCACCUGACCCCUGACAUGGGCCCCAACUACAUGGGAUAUCACGCGCACAGCUAGGGCAAGAUGUCUUCAGAGGCCAUCUGGCCGUUCGGGCGGCUAUGUCCGAGGAAACAGAGCAAUUCACGGAAUCAACGGCAGUGCAGCCACCGGCAGCCUCGAACCGACCAUCC